AUGGCCAGACGCGUCCGCUAUCCUGGCUGCACAACGUCUACUGACUUCCUCGUAAGCUCCCAGCAAAGCAAUACGAAGCAAAGUCUCCAGAAGACAUUGUGCCUUUGUCUUCGGGGACUGCCAGUCGUCUUGGGGGAUGACCCCUCUGCGUUCUUCAAAACCUGCUCGGAUGCAACUGACAAGGACUUGUACAGUGAAACUUCAGUGGGAAUCCUCUGCAUUGACGAACAUCCUCAACUCAACCCAUCCAGAGUGAGCAUCGUCUUGGAAGGGAGUGUGGUAAUGGAGGAGCUGGCCAACCUGCCACAGGCUUUCUGUGUCCUUUUUGGACAAAUUUAUGCCUUGCACUUGGACUACCCCAAGUGCAUGAAAAGCACCUUCCACUUUAUUCAACAGGUCAUGCUAAACCUGGGCAGAGUUGAGCUGAAACCCAAAAUUCAAUCUUUGAAGAAUCAGCUAUCUGUAUAA